AUGGCCUUGGCCGCCGCCCUCGCCCGAGCCUCCACGCGCCUCCUCCGCGGCGGCAUCCCUCCGUCUGCCGCUUCUCCCGCGCUAUCCAGCCGCAGCCGCCCAUUCUGCACACUUCCCGCCGCCGACGACGAGCCCUCCGCUCCUCCGGGGGCCGUGGAGGAGCCGUGGGAGGAGGCCGAGGCGGAGAUCCUCCGCGACGUCAAGCCCGUCGUCAAACUCGUCAAGGACAUCAUCCACUCCGGCAGAUAUGGAGAUGGUGGCUUUUUAAGUCCGGAUGACGAAAAGGUUAUAGUAGAAAAGGUUCUUGCUCACCACCCCCGUUCAGAAGACAAGAUUGGUUGUGGACUUGAUGCUAUUCUGGUUGACAAGCACCCUGAUUUUAGAAAGACCAGAUGCCUCUUCAUCGCUAGAACGAAUGGUGAUGUGGAGGAUUUUUCAUACCGCAAGUGUCUGAGGGCGUACGUCAAAAGGGCAUAUCCAUCCCAUGCAGAUAGGUUCAUAGAUAAACAUCUCGGACAGGAACGGCCAACACUUUUUCGUCCUCGAAAGUAGAAUAUUUUGCAUAAUGCUGCCUUUGGGAUUGGAGCUGGCACCAAAUUUUAUAUUUCAUUGUCUCCUUAGUCCUCUAGCCUAUGUUUGAUAUGUCAGGUGAAAGACGUCAUUGUCCAGGUUACUUUAUGCAAUGUCCAGUUCUUGUUGCUAAA